ACCCUAGAACCAGCCUUGCUUUCCUCUGUUCUCUUCUUCGUCUUGCUCUUGCUCUUCUCUGCUUCGAUGGCGAGCGCGGACCCUGAGCGCCACGAUGAGGUGGCGGAAACUACCGCCGAGGAUGAGGAUACUGGCGCCCAAGUCGCUCCCAUUGUCCGCCUUGAGGAGGUAGCUGUCACUACCGGCGAGGAAGACGAGGAUGCCCUUCUUGAUCUGAAGGCCAAGCUGUAUCGGUUUGAUAAGGAUGGGAACCAGUGGAAGGAGCGUGGUACUGGUAACGUGAAGUUGUUGAAGCACAAGGAGACUGGCAAGGUUCGCCUUGUGAUGCGCCAAGCUAAGACUCUCAAGAUCUGCGCCAAUCAUCUAGUGGUUCCGGGGAUCAAGAUGCAGGAACAUGCGGGAAAUGAUAAGUCUUGCGUUUGGCACGCGACUGAUUUCUCCGAUGGGGAGUUGAAGGAUGAGAUGUUCGCCAUCCGGUUUGGAUCUGUUGACAAUUGCAAGAAAUUCAUGGAGAUGGUUGAAACUAUUGUUGAAUCUUUGGAGAACAAAGAAGAAAAAGAUAGUGAAGAAGCCACUUCAGCAGCAGGAUUAUUAGAGAAACUGAAUGUCAGUGAAACUAAAAGCGACAAGGAAACCGGAGAGGCACCUGCUGCUAAGACCGAAGAAGAGAAACCCGACACUACCAAGACCGAAGAAGAGAAACCCGACACUGAAAAGAAAGACGAACUAUCGGCCGCAUAUUCUACUCCGUGACUCAAUAUUCUUCACAGUUUCCCCUGAAGAUGUGUCUGGGAUUGGAACAUUGUCAUUAUAUAUCUGUGUAGCCAAUUUAAUGUCAUUUGGUUUGUUGUCUUGUUAAUUAUCUUCAUGUAAUUGGUUUUCCCAGACUUCCAUUUGUUCAUUCCCAAGUGUCAGUCUUGUUGAAUUAUCACUUUUUCAGUAUUUGAAUUGGUCAUGAGAAACUGUGAAUGUGAGUACUCCUUCUGAUAA